AUGAUCAUGUGGAUCAACAAAGUAGAAAUUUGAUCGACAGAAUUCGUCAAAUUAUAGAGAAAUUACCUGGAAUUAGAGAAAAAGCAAAACAAACAAUAAUUGCUCCAAAAUCAUUUGACAUUGGACAAAAAGUUUUGUACUAUAAUGCCGCCAAAAUGAAUCAAUUUUCAGGAAAAUUGGAACCAAAAUGGAAAGGACCAUAUAGAAUUCACGAAGUCUUAAUAAACGGAUCUUACAAAAUAAGGGAAAUAGAUGGACGAUUAUUAGCCAGACCU